AUGCAGGCGGCGGUAGCGGCGUCGGCGUGGGUGCCGACCACCUCGCCGUCUACCUCCUCCUUCAAGUUCAAGGUUGGGGUCUCGUCGCGCUUGCGUGGGAGGAGAACGCCCUCUGCCGCGGCAACUUCGGUCGCCGUGUCCACUCGCCAGCCGCUGGAAGUUGUUCGACCCAUUGCCGACCCGAAUCCGGUGGUCGAUUCACCAUUAACCGCUGAAAAUGUGGAGCUUGUUCUGGAUCAAGUCCGGCCGUAUCUCAUGGCAGACGGCGGCAACGUUGCCUUGCAUGAGAUCGACGGGAAUGUGGUGAGGCUCAAGCUGCAAGGAGCAUGCGGGGCGUGCCCAAGCUCGGUGAUGACCAUGAGGAUGGGCAUUCAGCGGCGUUUGAUGGAUGAAAUACCAGAGAUUGCUGCAGUUGAAGCUAUCACGGACAAGGAGGCUGGGCUUAAGCUGAACGAAGAGAAUGUUGAAAAGGUACUCGAUGAGAUCAGGCCAUACCUCACCGGCGCAGGAGGCGGUAAUCUCAGGUUUGUCGCGAUCAACAAAUUCUUCGUGAAAGUCCAACUCAAGGGCCCUGCAGCAGGUGUGGCGGCCGUCCGAGUUGCUGUAGCACAGAAGCUCAGAGAGAAGAUCCCAUCCAUCGCAGCUGUCCGGCUAUUGCCGUAA